GCCUGUGACGCAAGGUGGCUACGUUUUGACAAAACGCGAUAAACAUCACGCUCAGUUAGCUCUUGCGCCGGCACCCUCACUGCCUAGCAUCAUGGCGCGCUUAGACGAGAUACAGUUCGAUCCAUCACGUCUAAAUAAGGCAAAUGCCGCAGAUUACUCGUCCUCGGAAUCCGAGGCGGACGAGGAAGACGUGUAUUUAAUGCCAUCGCGCAACCCUGACGACAGCGAAUUUGCCGACUAUAACCCCCGAAAGCGCCGGCGAACGGGUCGCGACGCGAAAGAGAGCGCAGCACUAGGCAUAUUUGGAUCCGAGAGUGAGGACGACGGCCCAAGCCGGAAAUGGAAGCACAGAACCCUCCGCAACAAAGGCGUCAGCUUCGUGUCAUCGGGCAAGGGCAAUGCCGGCUCCGACGAGGAAGAUCAAGAUGACGAGGCGGAAGAGGAUAAGGAAUAUGAUGAUGAUGAUCCAGGCGCCGUGCCAGACGAGGCGGCCGAGGAGGAAGAUGAAGACGAGGGGAUGCCCGGGGUCGGACUGGGUUUCAAGGGGGCCGCUGCUGCUCCAGCACCAGGCUUGGGUUGGACACCUCCCACGCAGCAGGCAUUUCCACCUCGAAAGCCAGCUCAGAACCCUAAGCCAUUUGUCAAGUCAAAAGUCGACAGCGCCAACCCGUUGGGCAACGGCUUCACACCAACAUCAGCACGAGGGCCAACUCUACUGGUAAAGGAUGAUGAACCGACAACACCCCGCCCCGCGCUACCGAGCGCUUUUGGCCCAGGGAGAGGUGGCAAGACGAAGAUCAACCCCAACUCGUUUGGGGCUCGCAUGAUGGCCAAGAUGGGAUACGUGGAGGGCAAGGGUCUCGGAAAGGAAGGGCAAGGGCGUAACGUCAUCAUCGAGGCGAACCUACGCCCCCAAGGCGCGGGAUUGGGCGCUGUCAAAGAGAAGACGAAACAAGAGAGAGAGGAAGAGAAGCGACAAGCCCGUCUCCGCGGGGAGGAGGUCGUGGACUCGGAGGAAGAGGAGAAAAAGCAGAAGGCCGCUCGUAGGAAGAAGGCCCUUGCCGGGGGAUUCGGCAGCAGUGCCGGGAGCGGCGCGAGCACCCCAAGGCGGCAGAAGGCGAAGUACCUCACCAUGGACGAGAUCAAGAAGGCUGCUCCGGGAUUGAACAUUCCAGAAGCAUUCACGCCGAUUCUGGAUAUGACUGGCCCCGGAAGGAAGAUGCUCAUCUCGUCUUCUGGGCUGAUGACUCCAACAGGAGGCACCGCACCGGCUGAGUCUGUCGAGGCUGCUGAAGCCCGGAAGCUUGCCAGGCGAGCCCAAACCGAUUUCAUGGCAAUCCUCGAGGAGUGGAAGAGUCUACAAGAGCGGAAGGCCUACAUCGACUUGCAGCUAGAGCAGGAGAAGCAGGAGCUGGACGAGCUCUCGACAAGCUUGCAAGGUAACCAAUCGGCGACAGCGGCGUGCGAGGCCGUGUCUCAGCCAGUCGAGAGCGGUGAGUUGGACAGGAAGGCCGAUCUGAGCUACAGACUUGGCCGUAUCAUCACGGGGCUCGGGGAUGCCAACAGCUUCAUCACCGAGUCCAUGUUACCCCAGAUCAAGGAGGAGGUCGCCUCGCUGGCCGUUUCUGCAAUCCACCCCGUGUUCAACCAAUACCGCCAACUCUGGGAGCCACUCGAAGAGCCUAAGCCCAGCUUUGUGGACGGUCUCAACUCUAUUCGCGACCUGCUCGGUCUAGGACACCAGAACAAGAAGACAUACCGCAGACCGACGGCUACGCCGUAUGAGACGAUGAUGUAUGAACAGUGGCUGAGAACAGUCGCGGCCGCUGUUCGAGAGUGGAACGUACGCGACCCGGAUCCGCUCAUCGCCGUUCUCGAAGCCUGGGACAGCCUCCUCCCCGCCUUCAUCCGCGCCCAGCUGCUCCAGGACAUUAUCCGCAAGCUGGACGAGGCGCUCCAGAAAUGGCAGCCCAAGAAACACACCCACAACCUCCCCCACCGAUGGAUAUUCCCCUGGCUGCCCUACCUCCCCGCCUCCCACCUCGACCCCAAGAGUUCCACAGGCCUGGUCGCGGACGUGCGUCGCAAGUUCCGCCAGCUCAUCGACGCGUGGGACUUCAAGCGCGGCGUGAUUCCCGGUCUGAAGCAGUGGAAGGACGUCCUGCGCCCGGCUUCCGGUUCUUCUUCAUCUCGCGACACGUGGACGCCGCUGGUGAUGAAUCACCUGCUGCCCAACAUGGCGCGCUAUCUGCGCACGCACUUCCGCGUCGAGCCGCAAGACCAGCAGCUGGACGUGCUCGACAAGCUCUUCGAGUGGCUGGACGUGGUCCGGCCCAGCAUGCUCGGCGAGGUGGUGGUGGCCGAGCUGUUCCCCAAGUGGCACGACGCGCUGUACCAGUGGCUGCUGCUCGACGAGGCGAACUACGAGGAGAUCGGCGAGUGGUUCCAGUGGUGGCAGCAGGAGGCGUUACCCGAGGAGAUCAAGGACUUGCCGUCGGUGGUGGCCGAGUUUGAGAAGGGCUCGGCUAUGAUCGAGAGGGCGCUGGAUCUGGGCGAGAACGUGAGGACGGAGCUGAAGCCGCCUGAGCGGGGCCCCGCGCUCAACACGGGGAGAUCCGACAGGCGGAGGGAAAGGGAAAGGGAGGAGGAGAGGCAGCGAAGGAGGCUGGAAGCUGAGAAGCAAGAGGAGGACGCGACCAAGAAGCCGGUCGAGAUCCCCUUCCGGCAGGUCAUCGAAGAGUGGUGUCAGGACAAGGAUCUGCAGUUCAUGCCGGAGCGGAGCCAGGUGCAUGCUGAGGGUCCGCUUUACAGGAUCUCGAUGCCCGGGGCUAAGAGGGGGGUUCUGGUCUACUUCAAGGGCAACAGUUUGUUCGCCCUGGUCAAGGAUCAGAGUCCCACCAAGUUCACGCGGGAGAAUGAGGACGAGUGGAUCUCGCUGUUAAAUUUGAUAUAGAUUAGACAGCUGGGAGGGCGAUGCAGUAGCAUUCAGCAUCCGUUACAGCCGCCCGGCAGGCAGAGAGUAGGCCCUCACCGGGUAUAUUUUGGUGCUAACUGUGUCCGUUAACAUAGACUAGAGUCUUGUCGGCCAAGUGUUUGUUCAGCAGACCUGGUAGGGCUUAACGGGUACUUUUGGCCUGGCCAGAUGUUGCGGCAGAACUGCCCCAUUGUGCUUGGAGGUCGUUAGGGGAAAUACAUCUGGUGGGUUGAAACUUGUCAUAAUCUACCUAUGCCAAGAUUACAG